AAGUACAAAUGUGUUAGCGCAAAAUCCGCAAAUGAUCAAAAUUAUAAUGUCAAUUGAUUGUCGAUGAAUGACUGUGCAUGGCAGGUGCGCUGCGUGUCUCACGGAGUGCUGUACACGCACAAUGAGAACAUCUCUCUGGACUCCUCCCUGUCACACCUGCUGGUGGAGUGGGGCCAGUGGAUCGACCACGACCUGGUGCUCACGCCCCAGACGCACAGCAGCGCCGCCUUCAGGACCGGAGCAGACUGCAGCCGCACCUGCACCCGCGACUCACCCUGCUUCCCCAUACAGAUCCCGCUGUCCGACCCCCGUACGGGCACCCAGCGCUGCAUGCCCUUCUUCCGCUCGGCCCCCAGCUGUGUCGGCUCCUUACCCACGCGCCACCGCCGGGAGCAGCUCAACGCCAUCACCUCAUUCGUCGACGCCAGCAUGGUGUACGGCAGCUCCGACCAAUCGGCCAGCGAGCUGCGAAACCUGUCGUCCCGCCUCGGCCUGCUGGCCCUCAACCCCAGCCACUCGGACCAGGGGCUCGCCUUGAUGCCCUUCCUGCCCCGCAGGCAGCCGCACCUGGACCCGUGCGGCCCGAGGCCUGGGCAAAACGCCUCGGAGGCGGAGGAGGAGGAGGGGCCUGCAGAGCAGCAGGGCAACAUGACGUCCUGUUUCCAGGCAGCAUCAGGAGACACGAGGGCCAAUGAGCACCUGGGCAUGAUCGCGCUCCACACCCUGUUCCUGCGGGAGCAUAACCGGCUGGCAGAGCAGCUGCACCAGCUCAACCCUCACUGGAGCCCAGACACAAUAUACCAGGAGGCACGCAAGAUACUGGGGGCAGCACACCAGAUCCUGACGUGGGAUCACUACGUGCCGCGUGUGCUGGGCGAGGAGGUGGCGUCUAGACUGGUGCCCCCAUACCAAGGCUACGACCCGCAGGUGAAUCCCAGCAUUGCCAAUGUGUUUGCCACGGCUGCCUUCCGCUUCGCCCACGUGACGGUGCAGCCCGUGGUGACCCGUCUGGGUCCCGGGUACGAGCCGAGCCCCCGCCACCCCACACUGCCCCUCCACAACUCCCUCUUCGCCUCCUGGAGGGUCGUUCAGGAGGGUGGUAUAGACCCAGUGUUGCGCGGUCUGCUGCUGUCUCCUGCUAAGCUGCAGGUGUCGGACCAGAUGAUGGUGGAGGAGCUGACCGAGCGCCUCUUCCAGGCCCAGGGGGGGCUGCCCUUCGACCUGGGGGCCCUCAACCUGCAGCGGGGACGCGACCACGGCCUGCCUGGUUACGGGGCGUGGCGGCGGAUCUGUGGCCUAUCAGAGCCCUCCUCCGAGGCGGAGCUGGCGAGCAUCAUGGGUAACCCCACGCUGGCCCAGAAGCUGCUGGCGCUGUACGGUACGCCCCAGAACAUCGACGUGUGGGUGGGGGCCAUCGCCGAGCCCCUGCUGCCGGGGGGGCGCGUGGGAACCCUGCUGGCCUGCCUGCUCGCCAAGCAGUUCAGGGACCUCCGCGAUGGGGACAGGUUCUGGUGGCAGAGGGAAGGUGUGUUCAGCCCGGCCCAGAGGACGGCCCUGCGAGACGUGUCGCUCUCACGCAUCAUCUGUGACAACACGCACAUCCGCCUGGUGCCGCCCGACCCGUUUGUUCGCACACGCCGCACGGAGGACCUGCUCCCCUGCUCGCACCCUCACAUACCCUCCCUCAACCUCACCGCCUGGAGGGAGCCAGACACAGGUGAAGCACCCUCACAUACCCUCACUCAACCUCACCGCCUGGAGGGAGCCAGACACAGACACAGGUGCAGCACCCUCACAUACCCUCCCUCAACCUCACCGCCUGGAGGGAGCCAGACACAGGUGCAGCACCCUCACAUACCCUCCCUCAACCUCACCGCCUGGAGGGAGCCAGACACAGGUGCAGCUCGCACCUUCUCAUACCCUCCCUCAACCUCACCGCCUGGAGGGAGCCAGACACAGGUGCAGCACCCUCACAUACCCUCCCUCAACCUCACCGCCUGGAGGGAGCCAGACACAGACCCUAGGUGCGGCUCUAUCCCGCGUGUCCACCCCGGCUACUCUCUGCUGUGUGACGGCGCCGUAGUGUACCAGUGUCCGCUCGGCUUCGUCCUCAUCGGGCCCUCCCAGGUCAAGUGUGACCCGCACACCCAGCAGUGGAAACCAGCGCCCCCUACCUGUCAAGAUGUGGACGAGUGUGCAUUCACACCUUCAGUUUGUCCCCAGAGCGCACAAUGUCAUAACACACCUGGAUCUUUCACCUGCACAGAGCCUGGUGCGGCGCCUCUCUCCGCAGGGUCGGUGGCUGCGGCGGUGGUGGCGGUUCUGGGAGGGGCAGCCGUGAUGCUACUCAUACUCAUGUGCUACCGGAGGUGA